AUGAUGGAUGAACAUAUCGAUUCCAGCCGAAUCACAACGGAUCUUCGCUAUCGCUACGAAUAUCUAUCGAAAUUUCUCAAUUUUACACCUAACGAUAUCACCAUGUUAAAUUCAUUAGCACCACACGUGUUUCCACGCAUGCCAUUUAUUGUCGACACAGUUUACCGAAAGUUAUUCUCAUUCGAUGUAACGAAAACCUAUUUUGUUAUGCGCAACCAAGGCUUUGAGAAAUUUGCCAAUGGAAAAGAGCAUCAAAUUACCAUUGAUUCUGCUCAAAUGGCAUUUCGAAGAGAUAUGUUGACCAUGUACCUUAAACGUGUCCUAACUCAAGGCGAUUGGAAUGAUGCAUUUCUUCAAUAUUUAUCUCAAAUAGGCAAGAUACAUACGAACCAGGCCGAACACCUGCUAAUCGAUAUCGUGUGGACAGAAGAAAGUAUCGAUAGCGAAAGCAAACACGACAUGAUCAAGGCAGUGAACAAAUUAUUUUGGAUUCAAAAUGAUUUUUUUACUAUGCAUUAUCUCAAGACUGUCAAAGACCUUCCACCAACAACAAAUGUCACGGUUAAAGAGCCCAGAUGUUGUUUCAUAUUUAAUCCAUAA